AAAUCAUAAGUGAGUGAGGGCUAAAGUGACUUGGUAGGCUGUCAGUUGAACUGAUUUGAUUGAUGACUUCUUUUUGUAGAUGUAAAGUGGUGGACUUUGUAACCCAUUUCUUUUUAUAAAUUGUAAAUAGUCUUAAUAAAUUAAAAUUAAAAGUUAAGUUAAAAUUUAAACUUACUUAACAUGUUUUCAUCGCACAGUAGGCAACUUUUGUCUUCCCAGUUGCGAAGACUGCAAAGCACCCUCGUUAUAGCUGAACACAAUAAUGAAACUCUUCUACCUAUAACACAGAAUACCUUAAAUGCAGCGAAGAAAAUCGGUGGUGAUAUUUCUGUUCUUGUUGCUGGUACCAAAUGUGGUCCUGCAGCAGAAGCAGUAGCUAAAGCUGGUGGCAUUUCCAAAGUUCUGGUGGCUGAGGGUGAUGCCUUCAAAGGUUUCACAGCGGAGUCUCUAACACCUCUCAUCCUCGCAACUCAAAAGCAGUUCAAUUUCACACAUAUUGUGGCCCCAGCGUCUGCUUUGGGUAAAGCUGUGUUGCCGAGGGUGGCGGCUAAGCUGGAUGUUUCGCCAAUUUCUGACAUCAUUGGUGUUAAAGAUGCAAAUACAUUUGUGAGGACCGUUUAUGCAGGAAAUGCCAUACUCACAUUGGAAGCUAAAGACCCUGUCAAAGUAAUCACAGUUCGAGGCACAGCCUUUGCUCCGGAACCUCUAGAGGGCGGCUCUGCAGCUGUAGAGAAGGCCCCGGAGGGUGACUACAAAACCGACCUUGUGGAGUGGCUGUCGCAGGAGAUCACAAAGUCUGAUAGGCCAGAAUUGACUAGUGCCAAGAAUAUUGUUUCUGGUGGUCGUGGUCUGAAGUCCGGCGACAACUUCAAGUUGUUGUAUGAUCUAGCCGACAAGCUGAACGCGGCGGUGGGCGCGUCCCGCGCCGCCGUGGACGCUGGCUUCGUGCCCAACGACCUGCAGAUCGGACAGACUGGCAAGAUUGUUGCUCCUGACCUAUACAUCGCUGUCGGCAUCAGCGGCGCGAUCCAGCAUUUGGCCGGCAUGAAGGACUCCAAGACGAUUGUUGCCAUUAACAAAGACCCUGAAGCUCCAAUUUUCCAGGUAUCAGACUAUGGAUUGGUCGCUGAUCUGUUCAAGGCUGUGCCAGAACUUACCCAGAAAUUGUGAAUAUCCUUGAAGUAGUGAUAUAGUCCUUUAUCUGAAAUUAUGUAUUUUGUAUGAUGUGAUUUUUGAAGUGUCUCUGUUGAACACUAUUUAUCAUGUUUGUGAAACUGUAAAAAAAAAUAAACUGUUAUUGUAAUAUA